GGAAUGGUUUUAAUGGGAAUCGGGUAUUCGGUGUUGGCCUGUGCUCUCUGGCCAAUGGUUGCUCUUAUUAUACCCGAACAUCAGUUGGGAACAGCCUAUGGUGUUAUGCAAUCGGUUCAAAAUUUAGGAUUAGCCUGUAUUGUACUCUUAGCCGGAUAUAUAGUCGAUGAAAAAGGAUAUAUUGUAUUAGAAAUCUUCUUUUUGUGUUGGCUUUGCUACAUGCGAAAGCGUUGCAAUCGGUUGUUGACUCGUCUGGAGAACUGGUCUCAUCUCAAGCACAGGUUUCUCAUGAAUCAGAGAUAUAUCAUAUUUUCAAAAUAAAUAUUAC